AUUUAUGAUUACUGUCAUCACAACUGUCAGUUUCGUUUUGGCAAUAAAUUCAAAUGCACAAAACCAUGAUUUGAAACCAAUUUUGAAAUUAAAAUUUCAAGUAGAUAGCCAUGGAAGUUCAGCAUCCAAAAAAUCCCCCAAGUAAUGUUGCUAAAUUUACUGGAUACGAUUCUGGAAAUUAUGCCCUUGCCGACGUUUCUCGCACCUUCACCAAUGAUGAAUGUAUGUCCAGCUGUCGCGCCCCCUUCUUAACACAGCACAGUAUUGCAAAAUACUUGGUACCAUUAACCAAGGAACUACAAGAAGUGCCACUAAGGCCGACAAUAAGUGAACUACCUGAUGCAGUGAUAGAACAUGUUGUGCAACGAGACAAAGCCUUCUGGGUGGACAAACCAGGGCUCAAUGACUACACUAUACACGAUGCCUAUUAUAAUUACGGCAUGGUAACCAAAGUUGUAAAACCAACGCAUCAGGACGUGUUUCCUCGUUCGUACCAGUAUGACCUGGACUGCGUUAAAUACAGGCGCAGUCAUGCCUGUGACGGACUUAAGCAAGACGGCAGUGAAGAGAGUAAGAAACCCCUGAGUGCCCAUUGUCGUGACUGUCGUAAUUUAAACAUACCGGCCUUGACCGCCUUCCAACUGGCAUGGGCAACGGAUCCAGGACAAAAACGUUGGAGGAAUUAUCCCGAUCUCACAGAAACAUUGACAGCGCAAGAAAUGCGAAAUUCUAUGAAAGAAGUUGGCCGACCGUUUCGAAAUGAAGCUUGUAACUGGUACUACAAGAACUACCCUCCUGUUAAAUACGAUUGCAUUAUUCGUAAAUUUUCUAAAUAAUAUUUCUAAGAUAACUAAUAUUGCUUCAAACAUAAUAUACACAUAGUAAAAAGGUUAUCUACUAAGAAUAAAGAUUUUACUUAA